CUCGUGGGACUAUGACAGCCAUGCAACAAACGACUCGCGACCAUGUUCUUCUUACCUAUCAAAUGAGGGCAAUUCACAACACCGCCAACCAAAGCGACUACUCGUUUUAGGUUUAUCAUGGGUCAAAGGAACUUUAGCUGGGCUGGGAGCAGCCAACAGCUAACCAAACCCGUCAACUCCGAGAAUCACCCAACGCCUGGAUUAGCCAAUCAGAAAGCGGGACAAAGCCCCUGACUUUCCAAGUGCUGGCAAGUAAACUAUGGAACUCUUGAAGAGACACCCUGAUAAACAGCAACAUACUAUUUUACAUUGAGCAUCAUGUCCGGUCCCCGAAUGUCCCACGAAUGUGUGACACACCAAAUGACCGUUUUCUUGCCCAUGCUUUUGACAUGACAUGUAACAUUGAUAUUCUGAGUAGUUUACAGGUGAUUUGUUUUGGCCCCUCCUUUGAAGGCAAGUUCCUGUUUCGUCACUCAUCGCGGCUCAAGAAACAGCGACAGAAGAGAACCGUGCUACCAGUUGAUGGCUAAUUAGUUGCUCAACAUUCCAAAAGAUACUUUGUUUCGAGUUUGGACGGCGAAAGAUUGUUAACUUGUAGCAGCUUUGUUGUGGAAUAGCGUACGCGCGUGUUCUGCCGUCAUGCGUUCUUCAAAAACUUGUUUCAGUAGCUUGGCAUUGUCCCUCAAAUCAAGGUGUUUUUAAAUGAGAUCCACGCACAGUGCUCAGUUUCUUGACCUGCCGCUGAGAAACAGCGGGUCACGCCAAGGACCAUGCCUGAACCAGGGAAGAUGAGGAAGCCCGACGUGAAAGUUGUAAUACUUGGUGACAUGAACGUAGGAAAGACUUCGCUUCUACACCGAUACACCGAGAGAAAAUUCAAAGACACUAUCAGCACUGUUGGCGGAGCAUUCUUCUUGAAGCAAUGGGGACCCUAUAACAUCUCCAUCUGGGAUACCGCUGGUCGUGAGCAGUUCCACGGGCUGGGCUCCAUGUACUGCCGGGGGGCCUCGGCCGUCAUCCUGACCUACGACGUCACCAACUGGCAGACGCUGGCCGAGCUGGAGGACCGCUUCCUGUCGCUCACCGACACCGCCAACGGGGACUGCAUCUACGCCAUCGUGGGAAACAAGGCCGACCUCACCGACUCGGGCUCCCACCAUCGCGGCUCAGACCAUCACCCGACCAACCAGGAUGGAGCAGGGCACCAGACGCAGGCGGAGCAGCAGGGACUUGGCACAGAGCUCCAGCCCACCGGAGGUGGAGGUUUGGGAGGAGGAGGAGGAGGAGAAGGAGAAGGAACUGGUGACACUUCGGCCCCGGUCCAGAAGCAGGUGAGCCAGGAGGACGCCCGGGCGCUGUACAGCCGCGUGCUGCGCUACAAGGGCAUGGAGGACCGCGCGUGCCCGCCUGCCGAGCGUCUCUGCUUCGAGACCAGCGCCAAGACGGGCUACAACGUGGACACGCUGUUCGAGACCAUCUUCGACAUGGUGCUGCCCUCCAUCCUGAAGAAGAGGAGCCAGGGGGAGCCCUCCACCGUGGACCUGGAGGAGUGCAGGGUACCCAGCAAGAGCACUAAGGGUGGCUGCUGUUAGGGAUUGGCUGGAGGGAUGGGGGGAGGGUCCUGCAGGGUCAGGCCACCAAUCAAAACCCGUUUUUUUGUCGGAUGUAAUGUGGGACAGCUUGGCGAAUCUGAUUUUGACCAUCAGGGUCAAAGACCAGGGUCGGGUCACCAAUCAAAAGCCAUUGUGAGGAAUUUCAGUUGGAUGUAACAUGGGACAGGUGGUUGCCAAAGCUGAUGGUUGACUAUCAUGUUCAAAGACAAGGGUCGAGUCACAAAUCAAAAGCCAUUGUGCGGAAUUUCAGUUGGGCGUAAUGAAAGAGGUUGCCAAAGCUGAGGGUUUACUACAGUGGUUCUUAACCUGGGGUGCGGGCACUCCCUGAGGGUGCGUCAGAAAUAGGAGGGGGUCCACGGAAUUUUGAUUGUGUUGAGGUUGUCACAAAAAAAAUUCUUCAGAACAUUAUAAUUACGCCAAAUCAAAAUAAGAAUGUUUUGGUCCCCAUUUCAAGUCAUGGGUUGGGAGUUGUCUGGGGGGGGGCGGGGGCGGGGGGUGGAGAUUAAGAACCACUGGCUUCCUCUCAGGUUUGAAGACCGGCUUGCUAUCUGGUUGAUGUGUACAUGUAAAUGGCAAUGCCAUGGUUUAGGAUUGUAUUUUGGUUGCCGAUGAGGAUCGAGGGAUUAGCGUCAGUUGAAAGACCUGCUUCUUUCUGACUGAUGCGUACAUGUCAAUCACAGAGUGCUUGAGGACUGGUGUUGCGAGUAUUUUGCCACUGUAAACAGAACAUUGACGAUGCCUUUACUGUCGCACCUCCAGACUGUUGAAAUAAUCACAUCAUGGACAUGUUUGAAAAAAGAGACAUUGUCUUUAUUUCUGUGUAGUGGAAAUGAAAUUGAAGAAAUAAGUGCACAUUUCAUAAGAUUUAGUUUUUUUGCCUUAAGAACAGUAUUGUGGAGAGAAAAAAAGAAACAAAGCAGACUUGUGUAUAAAUGAGACACGCUGCCAAUCAGUCACUGAAGUACUUUUCUUGUUGAAUGUUAAGGGACUAGAAAGCACUUAAAAGGGCCUGCAUAUGAGAUGACACUGAAUGACUUUCCUAUUUUGAGGAAAAAGGUUUUUUUAAAUGAACAGUAAAAAAUUGCUUGAAAUAUGGAAAUAAAACAUGUUUUUCAAAAAAAGUUUUAUCCAUGCAAUGUAUCACAAUAAAUGCUUGUACUUUGCUCAAGAGACGCUGGUAGAUUUUUUCACUAGCUCUAUAAAAUAUUUUUUUUCAUUCUCAUAAGUAUAUUCAAUUCCAUGACAGUCUCGAAUUGACUGGUUAUGUACAGCUACUAGGAGUUAUGGGGUCAUGUACUAAGCAUAAAUCAAG